AUGCCCAAAGAUAGACAUGGGAGGACGAGACUGUCAAAAAGUGUUCUUGAAAUGAAAUUUAUGCAAAGAAGUAAACAACGAAUCUUGGCUGAGGAGGAAGCUGAUGAAAGUAGAGCAGUUCAUGAAACGGAAAUAACUGAAGAAAUGAAAAAUGCUCAGAACAAAUUCGCCAUUGUCUCAAGCUAUGUCCCAUGUCAAGAUUUAAUUAUAGGGAGAGUUUCCUAUGGGGGAAUGAAUCCAGAAAUUGAAAAACUCAUGGCUGGGAAAGAAGUUGAACCAGUCCCUGAUCAAUCUAGUAUGGAGAGGGAUAUUACAAACUGGGAAAUGCUGAAGCUUAGCAGUGUUGCUCAAAGUAUGGCAAACAAGUUUUCAACAAAAAAAUCAAGAAACAAAGCAAUGAAACGAUUGAAAAAUGAAAAAUAA